GUCGGAGCACAGAGAACAACAAACAAGAUAGGGUGACGACCGUCGGGAUGGAUGCAGCAACCUUGACAUACGACACACUUCGCUUUGGAGAGUUUGAAGAUUUUCCCGAGACCUCAGAGCCUGUGUGGAUCUUGGGGAAAGAAUACAAUGCACUCACAGAGAAAGAUGAGAUUUUAUCAGACGUCACUUCACGACUGUGGCUCACAUACAGAAGAAACUUCCCACCAAUUGGUGGGACAGGGCCAACAUCAGAUACCGGAUGGGGAUGCAUGUUACGGUGCGGCCAGAUGAUCCUAGGGGAGGCCUUGGUGUGUAGACAUGUAGGCAGAGACUGGAGAUGGGCCAGAGGCCAGAAACAAAGAGAAGAGUACAUCAGUAUUCUCAACGCCUUCAUCGACAAAAAAGACAGCUAUUAUUCCAUCCAUCAAAUCGCCCAAAUGGGAGUUGGAGAGGGGAAGCCUAUAGGCCAGUGGUAUGGACCUAACACAGUGGCCCAGGUUCUAAAGAAGCUGGCGGUGUUUGAUACGUGGAGCAGACUGGUCGUACACGUGGCGAUGGACAACACCGUGGUCAUCGAGGAGAUAAAGCGCCUCUGUAUGCCUUGGCUGGACGCGGCAGGGGCCUGUUGCGAACCGGAGGGAGCGGGGGUGCUCAACGGCUGCCUGGAGGGGGCGUGUGCCCUGGCCGAGGAGGAGACGGCUCUCUGGAAGCCUCUGGUCCUGCUUAUCCCCCUCAGGCUGGGCCUGAGCGACAUAAAUGAGGCCUACAUCGAAACCCUCAAGCAAUGCUUCAUGCUGCCUCAGUCCCUGGGUGUAAUUGGGGGAAAACCCAACAGUGCCCAUUACUUCAUUGGUUAUGUCGGAGAGGAACUCAUUUAUUUAGACCCACACACCACGCAGCCCGCGGUGGAGCCAUGCGAAGACGGCCAGGUCCCCGACGAGACGUACCACUGUCAGCACCCGCCCUGCCGCAUGCACAUCUGUGAGCUGGACCCAUCCAUCGCAGCGGGUUUCUUCUGCGGAACAGAGGACGAGUUUGACGACUGGUGUAUGCGCAUAAGAAGGCUGUCCUGCAACAGAGGGGGCCUGCCCAUGUUUGAACUCGUGGACAGUCAGCCCUCUCACAUGGUCAGCGUGGAUGCCCUCAACCUUACACCUGAUUUCUCAGACUCGGACAGGCUGGAGCGGUUCUUCGAUUCAGAAGACGAAGAGUUCGAGAUCCUUUCCCUCUGAGGAACACACGAACAAUG